AGAAACGAAGGACAUGCCGAAUCGGCGAAUGCGUUAUGUGUUAUUUUACUGAUAACGAACAUUUCAGUGAAAUAAGCUUGUAAAAAGUGAUCAGAAAUCAUGAUUGGAUGCAACCAUAGUCGCACGGUGUGUAUUCAGUUGAUGAAUCUUCCACGGAUAGCCAGGCAGAAAUGUCUCCUGAAUCAAAUACGGAAUCUUCAUAUGGUGGAAAGAGUGCGAACUGUGAAUCUGUACAAGGAUGAUAGAACACCAAAGAUAAGGGGAAGACACUACAUUUAUAGAACCAUAGAGAACCCCAACCCUUCACCAGCUGAAAUACAGGUCCUGUUAACAGACCAUGUGGAUGGGCUUGGAAUUAUGGGUGAUAUCGUGACUGUACCCAAACGAUUGUGGAGAAAUUUCCUGUAUCAAGCUCAGUUAGCUACAUACCCUACACCUGAAAACAUUGUGGAACUCAGUCAUGAAAUGAAAGCCUUGGGAGAUGAUGCUGCCAUUCUCAAACAGCUUGGGAAAUUCAGUCGUAUAACUCUCCAGAGAAUUCGGGGGUUAAAUCUUCCUGUUGAGUUGAUGCCCAGCAAGACAGGCUGGACUCUUACAAAGGCACACAUUAGGAUAGCUCUUAGAAAAGUGGGUAUUUCUGCUACUGAUGACUCCAUAACUUUACCUAAAGACCCAGAAAUAAAAACACCAGGGGAAUUUAUUUUUACUCUCACAAUGAAUGAUGCAGUGUCCCUUAAGGUGCGUGGUACCCUGGUGGAACGCCCCCUGGUGUUUGUGGAGGAGAGCCCUGCGGAUAAGGUCCAAGUCUGGGAUAACCCCCCAGUGACCCCUGACGAAGAACUGAACCCAGUCAUCAGGAAGUUUCUCACCAAAUCUGCCAUUGAUCUUGAUGCAUUUAGACUUAAACCGCCUAAAAGGCCCAAGGUUCACAACCCAAAUGUAGACAAACAGAUACUAUUAAGACAAGCCAAUAGAUGAUAUGUUCUACCUUAAUCUGAAUGUCUUUUCAGAAGAGAUGACUGUUUUUUCUGAUACACUGUGGAAAUAAUUUUGAAAAAGUAAAUAUGAAUGUCAUAUUUCUGUUUCCCUGGUAUGUGUAUUGUGAAGUGAAAACUUUUAUUAUGA